AAAGGAGCUUAUCUAUGUUGAUAUUCUUAUCUGCGUUUAAACUUGUUUCAUCAAAUUUAUUUUAAACGAAACUUUAAAAAAUUGCUUACACAAGGAAAUAAGACUUGCAUUUUCUUUUUGAUGUAACUCUAUACAAAGUUAUGACUGGGUUGAAGUUACUUUGCUCUUGUUUCUUCAUGCUUCACGUUACAAAAGCGUGCACUGAAUUUUUUAUGAAAACAGAAGAUGAAAGUGUGGUUAUCGGACGUACAAUGGAUUUCGACGAUGAAUUGCGUUCCAAUGUUCUUUUUAUACCCAAAGAAACUGCACGAAAAAGUGCUUUGCCAUCUUUUUGUGGACAAGCACCUCCUUUAAAAUGGACUUACAAGUACGAUGUGCUUUGUUUAAAUGCUUUCAACCAAUCAAUUUGUCCGGAUGGAAUGAAUAGCAAAGGUUUAUCCGUUGGUAGUCUGAUGUUACCACAAUACACAGUGUAUGCUAACGUUACCCGAGAUGAUUGUUCCAACAUGGUAUCAAAUAUGCAGCUUCCUAGCUUUCUUCUAGGAAGUUACAAGUCAGUUAAGGAUAUUCGCAACGAUAUCAACACCAACAAGUUUCCCAAAGUCUUUGACGCAUCACUUUUAAGCAACCAUUAUAAACUUCACUUUACCAUAACGGACACCAGCGGAGAUGCUCUAGUGUUGGAAUUUACUAAGGAUGGAAGGAAAGCACAUGACAAUAUUGUUGGUGUCACCACAAACGCGCCACCAUACGAUUUCCACAUGAUGAAUAUAAAGAAUUACGUCCACCUUUCCAAGUUUUCAGCAGGUUCCUUUAACGUUGGCGACGUCAUAUUUACUCCGGUUGGAUCUGGAGGAGGUAUUCAUGGUAUCCCUGGUGACUUUUCACCUACGUCGAGGUUCAUCCGUACAACUUAUCUUUUACACUUCUCAAACAAACCAAAGACAACGGAGGAGGGCGUUGUUUUGGCUAGUCAUUUAUUGCACAGUGUUGAUGUCCCAAGAGGCGUUGUCCAAGACGGAACACCACCUAAGGAAGGUACGUUUGAUUAUACUCAAUGGGUUGUGAUCAAAGAUUUAAAAAAUCUCAUCCUCUACCUCCGUUACUAUGACGAUUUAUCAUUUCGAAAGUUUGACAUGAAAGAGUUUCAAAGAAGAGAAUCAAGAACGGCACAUGGUAGACGUGGUGUAAUUCCCGAUGAUACAAGAAACGAAGCUGUAGUAUUCUGAAACAACGAGUUUUAAGCAUGACAUUAAUGUUAAAAUUUGAUAUUUGAUCGCCUUUUUUUGUUUUGUUUCUUGUUUGUUGCUUUUUGUCAAUUAUUUGAUGUCAGCAAAAUAAAAUGUUAAUGUACGCCCAACUAGACUAACGUAAUUCACAUAAAAAAAUUCCUGCUACUUUAUCUCUGACAUGCAUAUUUUCUGUUGUGUAAUCCUUACAUCAGUCUGCGAAUUUUUCCAGAUACCUUGUCAAUGUGGUUAUGAUUUGUGACUUGUUAACGUUAAAAUUAUUGUAUUGUAAAGAACUGCUCUUAAGAAAAUAUAACUGUAAGUUUAGAAGAAAAUAAUACUCAAAAAACAAAAUCAUAAUA